CUACAUUAUUUUUUUUGAAAUUAAGUGAGUAUUUCAGUAUUUGUGUCAAAUAAUAUACGGAAGUGUCCGUCUUCCCUAGCCCGGGACGGCCUUCAAUCUUUCAUGGCAGCGGCCGCGGCGGCGCCGGCGAUUUUUCUGUUUCUCGGUGACAAGCCACCUCACGCGCGGAAAUCCUGUCCUGGGCGAUUUUUCAGCAUUUCGAGUUGUAAAUUCAAUGUCAAAGCACUUUUUUGGGGUCCAAGGAAAACCACACAGCCUGCGGUGAGGAAUGAACUUACAUUGGGGGAAUUAUCUUUGAAGGGGAGAGGAUCAAAGGGAGACUCGGACAGUUCCGAAAAGAAGAUAUCCAUUUCUGUGGCUUCCUCUAUCUCAGAGGUUUCAGCAGAACAAUGGGAUGCAUGCAGUCUUGAUGCAACUGGCCCUCAGCAAUUUAAUCCCUUUCUUACCCAUGCUUUUCUAUCAAGCUUAGAGGAAUCUAGGAGUGCAGUAAAGGAGACGGGAUGGAUACCACACCACAUUAUUGCCUGGGACGAAUCAAGAUAUCUUUUAGGAGUUAUUCCUCUCUAUCUUAAAAGCCAUUCAUAUGGUGAGUAUGUGUUUGACCAUUCUUGGGCAAACGCUUACUACAGUUAUGGUUUGAACUAUUAUCCAAAACUGCAAUGCUCUAUACCCUUCACUCCUGUUACUGGUCCAAGGAUUUUAGUUCGUAACACAUCAUACCGGGAGGAAGUUUUUAAUGUGCUAGUUUCUGCAAUGAAGGAUUUGGCAGUUCGGCUUAAGGUGUCAUCUCUUCAUAUUACUUUUAACUCUACAAAUGAGUGGGAGAAUUUGGGGGAAAAGGGGUUUCUGCAGAGGAUUGGAAUGCAGUAUCAUUGGAGAAACCGUAACUACAAAAACUUUGAUGAAUUUUUGAUGGACAUGAAGCAAAGUAAAAGGAAAAAUAUACGUCAAGAGCGAAAGAAGAUUUCUGCACAAAAUCUGACCAUGAAGCGCUUAAGGGGACAUGAAAUCAAGGCUAAGCACUGGGACACUUUCUAUCAGUUCUACAGGAGCACAACAAACAACAAGUGGGGUAAUGCUUAUUUAACAAGAGAUUUCUUCCAUAAGAUGGGUUCAAAUAUAGGUGACCGAGUACUGCUUGUUGUUGCUGAAGAAGGAGACAAACUUGUUGCUGGUGCUCUUAAUCUUAUUGGCGGGGACACAUUAUACGGGCGCUUGUGGGGGUGCCUUCCACAAGCAUAUUUUCCGAACUUGCAUUUUGAAGCUUGCUAUUACCAGGCAAUUGAAGCUGCGAUAGAACUCAAUCUUCAAAGAGUUGAGGCCGGAGCUCAGGGGGAACAUAAAAUCCAAAGGGGAUAUCUGCCAGUCACUACUUACAGUAGUCAUUAUCUUCUGGAUGAAGAUUUCAGGGACGCCAUUGGAGAUUUCUUGAUACAAGAAUCUGCUCAGGUUAAACUUGUGAUGAAGCUAUUACAAGAUUCAGGUCCAUUCAAGGACAAUGUGGGGUUCAACUAAUGGAUCACACUAAAAGAGACUAGACCCGGGGGGCAUAGCUAAGUGGUUAAUAGGAGGUGCAAAAGGGCGUUGUGGACGAAUUCGACUCAUGGCGAAGGUAGUGUGAGACGUUUAUAUUUAGCAUAAGGUCCUGGAUGGAUCUCAUUCCCUAUUGUAUGUCUAUAUAUGAUGAUAUUGUAAAUUCAACAUAUGUAAAUAAAUUUUUUAAGUCGUUGGAAAAAACUGAAACAUGUUACGGAGUAGAAAAAACUGGAAUGAGUCUG